AUGAAUGCCCUCGUCAAAUACGUGGAGCAAGGAGGAAUCCUUAAGACCUAUGACGAUGUUCCUAAGAGCCUUCGAGAGCAACUGUAUGCCGAGGAGAAUCAACUACUCGAAAAGCGGAACAAAAACCUAGAUAAUUCUACAAUCGGUUCAAUAUGUCCUCCGAUCAAUAUCAAUGUCCUUCCGGCUGGGUCAUCUCAACAAACGAUACCUACUCCUACUAAUGACGCCACGCCUAGUAAGCCUGGCUAUGCUGAACUAAUCAUGGUCCAUAGUCUGCUUGAUGUCGCCGUGGAGGAACAUACUGAAUGGUAG